AUGGGCUGUGACGGAACUGAAUAUGAUUUGAAGUCAAAAAGGGGACUGAUAGGGGAACAAGCGCCCAGUGGCGGUAAAAUGACUCAGUUACCCGCAGAGCUCAUCCAUUUCAUAGUCGCGCUCGUCGACCGUCAGACGCUGCACACCCUGCUAUUUGUGUCCCAUCAGUUAUAUCUGAUCGCUGGCCCAUUCCUCUAUGCCGAAAUUCACUUCGUUUCUGGCCUUAUCAGAACCUCCGAACGCUUUCUACGGACAAUAACUGAAUCCCCCGGUAAUAAGUGCGGAAGUCAAGUGCGGCAGAUAACUCUGGGUAUCUCCGCUUUUUGUGAAGAUAGAUAUCGGGACAUCUACAAGCCUAUGCUUCAAAGGCUUCCGUUGCUAGAACGACUGCACAUUGUUGGGCUUGGGGUCGAGUCGAUUGCAUGUCUCCACGAGCUCGGAGGGUUCUUCUCUUUAACACACUUCUCGUGCCUUGUCUUUGGCACACCUGGUGUAGAAUCUGCCAGCCUCGCUCGAUUCAUCGAGUCUCAGCCCUUAAUCGAGUACUUGGGCCUCACUUCCUGGUUCGACGGACCUCUACAGAUCCGCCCCGGAAGCUUGCAGAACCUACGUGUGCUCCAUGUCUCUCUCCAGACUGCACCAAACAUCAUAAUUGGAAGAAACGUCACGCAUCUGAGGAUCGAAACGAGGUGGCACGACGACGAUGAUAGUCUCCAUUGGUCAGCCCUGGAUUGCGACGCGCUCCGCAGCGUGGUGGUCUUCGUUGUGAAGACUAUCCAGUUCGAUCGCUUGGAAAAUCUGGUUUCACGCAUGCCUAACUUGGAGCGCUUGCAACUGUCUCCUCCUCCUACGUCGAGGCAAGCACUACUGUCAAGAAUCACUACACUCAACGCACCGAAGCUUCGUCACAUACGUUUCGACGCUACAUUGCCCUUGAAAAAGCUCGACACGCCCAGUUCCCACUACCACGACGGGGUCAUGAAAGCUUUCAGUGUCAUGCGGAGCCUUUCUUGUGUUAGCUUCGGCGCGGGGAUUGAAUGGGACGCCGCCGUAGGGGGGGUUGAAGCGAAGCGUCUCCCCCCAUCGUAUGAUUUCUUCUUUGGUUCGGUUCCAUCGGUGAGACUUCGCUUCCGCCGUGAAUAUUCACCGUCGUCGCAAUGGUGGGAGGACUGGGAGAUGGACUAUGAUGUAGUAGAGGGCAGAGAUUGA